CAGGCGCCCGCGCCCGCGCCAGCUCCCGCGCCGACGCCGACUUACGCUUCUGGCGGAGGGUCCACCACGAUAAGUUUUCUUGUUCCCAUGCAGCGACAUUCGUCAACACCAAUACCAGAGUCCCAACUCUCAUCGCGCGCUUCACCCCGUCAAGCACCACAAACAAGCAAACAAGCAUAUUCUUUCGAAUUUCUUUGGAGAAAAUACUCAAAAUCACUUUACGAAAUCUUUUGCGAUCAUUUCGCUGGCGUUGCGCACCAUGAUGGCCACCCAAGCUAACGAAUCGACGCAGCCAACAUGCCAAAACUGUCAGACCUCAACCACGCCCUUAUGGCGGCGCGAUGAAUAUGGAUCAGUUCUCUGCAACGCAUGCGGACUGUUCCUCAAAUUGCAUGGUCGUCCGCGUCCGAUCUCGCUCAAGACCGACGUGAUCAAGAGUCGAAACCGCGUGAAGACGAUGCGCCCUGAUCUUGCGUCUAAGAAGAAGCAGCAGCAACAACAAGCUCAUCAGUUUGGCGCAAACGAUCCGAACGGCCUCGACAUCCAUGGACAGAACCAGCGCAGACAGUCGCAAAAGUCAAACGGCAAUCCGGAUGGCUCUGACUCCCCCGUUUCUCGUACCGCGACCCCGUCUCUAUACAAUCCUAGCCUCCCGGUCUUCCAGGGUAUGGACGAUGCGCAGCUUCAGGCUGGACUGCAGGGCUUCAACGUCUCUGGCUCGGAUAACCGCUCGGGUUCCCCCCUGAACGGCGACCGUCACCUCGACGCCCCACAAACACAUGAACAGCUCAUUGCCGCUAAUUCGGCCCUCAAAACCCGGGUCAGCGAGUUGGAGCUUAUCAACGAACUAUUCCGCGGUCGACUCGGCCAAAUGGAGCAAGACGAAGCAAGCGCAAGAAGGGGACAAGAAAUCAGUGGCAAGGCCGAGGCCCAGCUCCGGGCUCAGCUCGAGAGCAGUAAGAAGCAAUUGGACGAGAGCCAUCGCAGAGAGAACAACCUCAAGCGGCGCCUCGACGAGAUGGAGCUGGAGCUCAAGGAGGUCAGAGAUGCCCUGGACCUCUCGGACUCUGGCCGCGCAGCAAAAAAGCCUCGGAUUGCCGAAGUGAUUGCCAGCGCCCCCGUUGUCGCAGCCGCCACGUGUGGAGGAGGCGGUGACGGUGGUGGUGGUGGAGAAUCCGAGGUCUCGACUCCCCAGUCUGCCGCGAACUGAUAUGGCACCAUACGGGGCCCAAAUCACCAUCACCUGCGCGAUUUCCAACUCCACGUACAUCACCAUCACCACCACCACCCCCCAAACACCUUGGGACAAGCUUUGCAAAAUUCUCCACGCUUAUACCUAUAAUGUCGCGUGUGUUUUUCCGU